AUGAACGAGGCGUUUGCUGCUAGACCCCCAAAGCGAUCAGAGCUUACUGCGGGUGCUAUACAGUUGAGAGGCCUGGCCCAAACCCUCGAUCAAGCCCGAACGGGGGGGUUAGCAGAACACGACGAGAGUCUCGGUAGAGCUGCGGCAGAUGCGCUUCUACCACUAGGAACGGUGUUUGAAGUUGUGUUACCAGACAGAUCUUCUUGCUUUGUCAGGAGGGGACGCUUUCUAGGAUCUGGGGGCACUGCCUUUGUAUGUGCUGUUGAAUUCUUGACAGGAAGUGCGGGCCCCGUACAUUCUGAAGUGGCGGCUAAGUUCCUGUACAAGCAGGUGUCUGGAGGAAUAGAUCUUUCGGCUGCGGAGCGCACGCUGGCAACGAACUUCUUCCAGGAAUUGGACGCGCACAGAACUCUGACCGCGCUGAGGAGUGUGGAGGAAUUGCAUACUAUGGGCCUGGGAGUUGCUCACGGAGCGUACCCGCUACGCCGGAGCCAGUCAUCCCCAGAUGUGCGGACGACGGAGGUGAUGUUUCAAGGACAAACGGCCUUAGUGGUCAUGCCAUUGACAAUGCUCGUCUUACCGCUUCUCGGGCCUGAUUUGUUCGAUUUGUAUUUUGAGCAAGUUAGCCCAGCAGUGCUGAAGUCCCUUGUGUUCCAAACAGUACACACGGUAGCAAACCUUCAUUCACUCGGCUAUGGGCAUGGGGAUCUCAAGCCAGAAAACUUUGCGGUCGACAUCAGAUCUGGAGCGAUCAAGCUCAUUGAUUUUUCUUCUCUUGCCCCGCUUAACGUUCGCCGCAAGAUAUCUGGACAGUGGACGCAGACGUUUGCGUCGCCAGAAAAGUUUCGCGCUCUGUGUGCUCGAGCUCCGUUCGCUAUCGCUGACACCGAUGAUGCUUGGUCUCUUGGGGUCGCCCUAUACCGGAUCCUCUCACACCUACCCCAUCCUUACGUUAGUGAGGUGGAUCUUCCAGCGUUCGAGGCCCAAGGACUUCUAGGAGCAGAACACCGCCUCGAUGAAUUCAUUAUGCCGCAGCCUUGGAAAGAGAGAUUGACUGCAAUAGAAACCCGCCAGGAACUUCUACAGAUCGUCAAACUCCUGGUCCAUCCCGAGCCAACUAGGCGUUGGACGCCUCGCCGCCUUGUCCGGGAGCAUCCAUUUUUUCAGGAGCAAAAGGAAAACUAG